AUGCUCUGGGCGGUAAACAAGGCUCCAGAGCCUGUCUAUACCGACGUAGCGGAGCUACCGCUCAUCUUGGCCCAGCGAAAGAUCACCAACAUCCGCAAAAAGCAGCUCGUCAAGGCAGCCUCGAGAGACUACGACGAUCCACCACCGCCGCCAAAGCCAGACGAGUGCUGCGGAAGCAGUUGCGAUCCAUGCGUCAAGACGCUGUGGAAGGAAGAGCUGGCGUGCUGGCGUCAGCGGUGGGGUGAGGGUGCGCAGGAGAAGCCCGCAGCCAGUGCUCUACAGAAGAAGGUUGACCCAGCAACAGAGAAUAAGACGGAGAGCAUACCUGGCGGCUUCGACUGGUGA